GGAGUUCGUCCUGCCGGAAAGCAGCCCGCCGCCACGGCAUUUCACGACGUGGCCGUGAAAGACCCUGGAAACACUCGGACUUCCUUCCCGCAGCCGGGUGGAACCCUGCGCGAUGUUCGGUGCGGGCGACGAGGAUGACACUGAUUUUCUCUCGCCCAGUGGCGGUGCCAGAUUGGCUUCUCUUUUUGGACUGGAUCAGGCAGCUGCUGGCCAUGGAAAUGAAUUCUUCCAGUUUACAGCCCCAAAGCAGCCUAAGAAAGGCCAGGGAACGGCACCAGCAGGAAAUCAGGCUGCACCGAAAGCCACGCCCGCCACAGCAGGCACUUCCACAGUCCUGGUUGCAACAGCAGUGCACGCUUACCUGUACACAAACGGUCAAUAUUUAAAGCAGGGCAAGUUUGGUGCUGCAGUCCUGGGGAAUCACACAGCCAGAGAGUAUCGGAUUCUUCUCUAUAUCAGUCAACAACAGCCAGUUACUGUUGCCAAGAUUCAUCUGAACUUUGAACUAAUGGCUCGGCCCAAUAACUAUAGCACCUUUUAUGAUGACCAGAGACGGAACUGGUCCAUCAUGUUUGAGUCAGAAAAGGCGGCUGUGGAAUUCAAUAAACAGGUGUGCAUUGCCAAGUGUAAUAGCACGACUUCCCUGGAUGCAGUGCUCUCACAGGACCUCAUUGUCACAGAAGGCCCUGCUGUGGAAGUGGGAGAUUCUCUGGAAGUGGCCUAUACCAGCUGGUUUCUUCAGAAUCACGUGCUGGGCCAGGUUUUCGAUUCUACUGCUAACAAAGAUAAGUUGCUUCGUCUGAAGUUAGGAUCAGGAAAAGUCAUCAAGGGCUGGGAGGAUGGAAUGCUGGGCAUGAGGAAAGGAGGGAAGCGGCUGCUUAUCAUCCCUCCAGCCUGUGCUGUUGGCUCCGAGGGGGUAAUAGGAUGGAUUCCAUCAACAGACUCGACCCUGGUGUUCGAGGUGGAGAUUAGGCGGGUGAAAUUUGCUAAAGAUUCUGCCUCUGACGGGCACAGUGUCAGUUCCCAGAGUUCUGCAGCCCCUUCUCCGGUCCCCAGUGCUGACUGCCUCUCUGCUGAUCCUGCCCUGUCCCCUCUGACAUCGGUGCCUUUCAAGCCAGGAGAACCGGCUCUUCGUACCAAAUCUAACUCCCUCAGUGAACAGCUUACAGUAAAUACAAAUCCUGAUACUGUCAAGGCCAAGUUGAUCUCUCGGAUGGCUAAAAUGGGUCAGCCCAUGUUGCCCGUCCUCCCACCACAGCUGGACUCCAAUGAUUCAGAACUUGAAGAUGUGAGUGCUCUUCGAGGAGCUGGACAGCCCCAAGCGACUCCGUCUUUCCAGCCCUCUCUUCAGCCAGUCCAUCCGGCGUUACCACAGAUGACCUCACAAGCACCUCAGCCACCUGUUUCUGGGCUCCAAACACCCUCUGCUGCCUUAAUGGCCGUCGCACCUCUGGAUUCCCAACCAGCUGUAUCUGGAAAUACCCAGUCCUUUCAGCCCUAUGCAGGUUUGCCAGCCUAUGCUUUCCCCCAAGCGUCCGCCAUCACCUCGCAGCUGCAGCCCGUGCGGCCCUUGUACCCCGCGCCUCUCUCUCAGGCGCCUCAUUUUCAAGGAUCUGGUGACAUGGCUUCGUUUCUCAUGACUGAAACCCGGCAACAUAACACUGAGAUUCGAAUGGCCGUGAGCAAAGUGGCCGAUAAAAUGGAUCAUCUCAUGACUAAGGUUGACGAGUUACAGAAGCACAGUGCUGGCAAUUCCCUACUCAUUCCUAGCAUGUCGGUUACCAUGGAAACAAGCAUGAUUAUGAGCAACAUCCAGCGAAUUAUUCAGGAAAAUGAAAGAUUAAAGCAAGAAGUCCUUGAGAAGAACAGUCGGAUAGAAGAACAAAAUGACAAGAUUAGUGAACUAAUUGAACGAAAUCAGAGAUAUGUUGAGCAGAGUAACUUGAUGAUGGAGAAGAGGAACAACUCCCUUCAAACAGCCACAGAAAACACACAGGCAAGAGUAUUGCAUGCUGAGCAAGAGAAGGCAAAGGUGACUGAAGAGUUAGCAGCAGCCACUGCACAGGUCUCUCAUCUGCAGCUGAAAAUGACCGCUCACCAGAAGAAAGAAACAGAGCUGCAGCUGCAGCUGACAGAGAGCUUGAAGGAGACAGAGCUCGUCAGGGGCCAGCUCGCCAAACUGCAGGCAGAGCUUUCAGAACUCCAAGAAGCCUCCGAGCAAGCACAGUCCAAAUUCAAAAAUGAAAAGCAAAGCCGGAGACAGCUAGAACUCAAGGUGACAGCCCUGGAGGAGGAGCUGAGUGAUCUUCGGACCGAGAAGGAAUCUUUGGAAAAGAACCUCUCAGAACGGAAAAAAAAGUCAGCACAGGAGCGCUGCCAGGCUGAGGAGGAAAUAGAUGAGAUUCGUAAGUCACAUCAGGAGGAACUGGACAAACUGCGACAGCUCUUGAAAAAGGCUCGGGUGACCACAGACCAAGCAGCUGCAGAGCAGCUCUCGCUAGUACAGGCAGAGCUGCAGAGCCAGUGGGAAGCAAAAUGUGAACAUCUGCUGGCCUCUGCCAAGGACGAGCACUUGCAGCAGUACCAGGAAGUGUGUGCCCAGAGGGAUGCCCAUCAGCAGAAACUGCUCCAGCUUCAGACAAAGUGUUUAGCCCUCGAGGCCCAAGUCACAACCCUGACUGAGCAAAAUGAACAGCACAUCAAGCUCCUGGAGAACAAAUCCCAGGGAUCUGGGAUUGAAGCUGCUGCUGCUGACCCCUCAGAGAAGGUGAAGAAGAUCAUGAACCAGGUGUUUCAGUCCCUGAGAGGAGAGUUUGAGCUGGAGGAGUCUUACAACGGCAGGACCGUUCUGGGGACCAUCAUGAAUACGAUCAAGGUAGUGACUCUUCAGCUGUUAAACCAACAUGAUCAAGAGAAAGAUGAAGGUAGCAAUGAAGAGGAAGAAGAGCAGUCUCCGAAACCCUCUCAAGCGCAGCCCGCCUCUGCGAGUUCUGGGCUGUCUCCAGUGCCCCCGAAUGGGGAAAGGCAGGAGUCACCUGCACUGCCAUCCGGGCAAGAAGUCAAAGAAACUGUGUCAUUGUCUCCCCAGGUUGAUGUACAUAGAAGAAAAGAGGAGCCAUCAGAAACAGAGGUGCUCUCUCAGACAAAAGAUGAAGCACCUGAACCGGCUUGUGGCCUCGUACACAGAGUUCCAGGGCCCCCAACCUCAGUUCCCCCUCAGCCUCCAGGCCCUGUCAUCAUUGACUCUGAGUGUGAGGAGACUCUGGCUGCCAGCCCAGUGGCACCUAAGCUUGACAGCCCAUUGGGAAAUGCCUGUGAUGGGGAAGAAUUGAGCACCAGAAAACUCUCCUUGACUCUAGGCCCCAAGGGGGAGGACCCACUAGCCGUAGGACCCAAAUGUCUGGAAGGAGAGCCUCGGCCUCCAGAGCUCCAGGACGACAAGGACGCCACUUGCUCGGCUGGUCCUUGCAAGGAGCUGUCGAGCACAGAGGCCGUGUCUGCAGCUACAGGAGUAACCCCUGGGCCCAGCCACUCUUCUAGGCACCCCAGUCUCUCUGGGGAUGAAGAAGAACUGUUUCAAGGGGCGACUCUGAAAGUCCCAAGGUCCAAAUCACAGCCCGAGGAGGAGGAUGAAGAUGAGGUGAGCAUGAAGGGACGUCCGCCCCCAGCACCCCUUUUUGGAGAUGACGACGACGACGAUGACAUUGACUGGCUGGGAUGAAGAGCCAGGAAGCUGGUGCAGUUCUCUACCAGCCCCUCCCCUAGGCAUGAUUUUGCACAGCAAGCCCUGGUCUAGGAAGCCGGGGUGAGGUGAAGGUGAGCGUUGAGGACGGUGUUCCAGAGAUCCCAGUUAGCCACCUUCCGAGCCCCGGCCUGGCCUAGCAAAGAGGAGCAUCUCUCCCAUCGCUGGGGCUGUCAGCAGCCUACCAGGGACCUGCCACAGGCCCCGUUUGGGAGGAAGGGCGGGUAGAUUCUCCGCCGAUCACCUCUCAGUCUUGUCCUCGUUCAAGCUUUUUCUUCUGUCCACUAACAGACUCCUCAGGGAGUCGUCUGCCCCCCCAGUGCUCAGCUGUUCCAACAGCAAGUCCUGUCAACCUAGGGUGAGCUCUCCUUGUAGAACCAAGGGUGGGCACACCCUGCAACCCGAGUUCUGUAGCAGUUCUGGGAUAUGUAUCUUUUCUCUGCCUUAAACCUCAUACAGAAGGUCAGUGAAUAUUUGAAACUAAUAAAACUAAAAUAAAUGU